AGGGAGGAGAGGACUCCGCUGGAAUCAGCCCCGGCCGCGCGCCUCACUCGCGCAGCGGCUGCUGGACGCGGAGCCUCCGUCACCUGUCGGUGAGCCUGACGUCUUGGUUCCUCUGCCAGAGCGGGUCGCUGCUCUGGAGUCCGACUGCCAUCAGAAGGACGUGUCUUCAUCUGCGACAACUUCCCGGGUGUUUUGUGGGACGUCACCUCAGAGAAGCACAGACAACAUGUGAUGGACUGGCUGGACAGGCACCUCAGCAUGCUCCCCCCUCAGCGCCUCCUGCUUCUCUGCCUCUGGUGCCUGCUGGUGGCCGACCGGCCGGCUGUCGGGGACGAGGAGGCGCUGUGGGGACCCACCUCGACCCCCAGACCCAGCGACAGCAAGGCUGGCUCCUACUGGUGGACCAAGCUCCCCUCCCUGCCCUCGCUGCCCUCGCUGCCGUUCCGGGUGCCGUUCCUCGGGUCCGGAGGAAAGACUGUGAGCAAAGAGGAGGCUGCUGUGACGGAAGCCACCGAUCACCUGCUGGAGGACUCGGGCUCAGGGGACAUUUUGGACUCCACACAACCCUCCACAGCUUCUUCUCCGGAGAGUCCAGCCAGCGUGACAGCGAUGAGAAGAGAAUCUACAGCGACGUCGUGGGAUUCUCUGCACGGCAGCGAGGCAGACACACACAAUGCCACUCUUGUUUCCAGCGUCCCCACGAGAAGCUUUGUCACAACCCGUUUGUUGAGCCCAGACUCCGCCAGGGUGGGACCUCUGGAAGCCAGUUCUGCACACAGCAACACAGCGGUGGGCGCGACGCAGGCCGCCAGGCAGAGAAGUGUGGCCACCACAGCCGCCGCUCUGACCCCAGGGACCUCGACACCAACUGACCCGGGAGCACCCGCCCCCGCCGACCCGUCCUCAACAACCGUCCACACAACCCCCCCUGUCCGGGAGAUCCAUGGCGACCCCUCAACUUCGGAGCGUGGGUUUUCCGAGGCCGGGUCAGAACCAGCGGAGGAACGAUGGAUGACCACGACCAUCGAUCUGAGGAUGGGAUCGACUGGGAGUCAGGGCGUCCCCAUUGUUGGAGAGUUGCCACAGGAUGAGGACGAGGAGGAGGAGGAGGAGGAGGAGGGGGUUGCCAUAGCAGCAGACUCCAGGACGACAGCUGCACCAGGACACAGCUCAGGAUCCAGCGAGGAGGACCUGGACCCGUCCACGGACGACUGGGAGUCGACCACGCGAGACAGCGCUGCCACCUUCCUCCCGGACUGCAACCAGGAGCGCUCCGGCGUCUGCAACAUCUCCGAGGCGUGGGGCUCGACCGCCACCCCCCGGGAGCCCAGGCCCACGCAGAACUCCAGCGUCGCCAACCAGUCCAGCAGCCCGUUUCUGAUCCCGGCGCCGCUCAUGCUGGUGCCGCUGCACGCCGACUGGAACCGCGCCAUGGCGGCCUGGGGUCUGGCCUGGCAGGCGCACGUCUACGGCGCCGGCUGCCUCUUCGUGCUGCUGACCCUCGCCUCGGCGCUCAACCUGCUCUGCCUGCCGCUGCGCUGCCCCUCUGGCUGCGGAUACUUUGCGCUGGUGAGCCUCUUCCUGCUCGCCGCGGGCUUCACCAGGUCCUUCUCCCUGCUGUACGACGCCUACGGCCACCAGGAGCGGCUGGCCUCCACGGAGGCCUCCCUCAUGCUCCACGAGGCUCCGUUCCCUUGCCUGACGGCGGCCUUCGGCCUGGUCUUCCUCCUGCUCUCCAUGCGCUCCAGGAUGCAGCUGUCCUACUCUGCUUUCCAGAGGCCCUGCUUCCUGGCCUGCCUGGUGCUCCUGCACUUCGCCGCCGCCUUCGGUCCGGCCACCUUGCUCAAGUUCUACCAGCAGAGGCCUCCUCUGUGCCUCUUCCUGUCGCUGGUGGCGCGCGGCGCCUUCGUAACCCUGGCCACCUUCCUAUCCCUGGCGUACUUUGUGUUCUACAUCUACGUCCGAGCAGACUCCAAGCACAUCUACCACCUGAACAACACUUCGCCGACGCCCACCGAGAGGUACAACCGCUGCCCCUUCGCAGAGAGCCGGCACUGGGAGCGAGCGGCGGCGACCGUCUGUCUGUCGGCGCUGUUCUGCCUGGCCUGCGCCGGGCUGCAGAUGUACGCCAUGCUCAACGCCAUGGGUGUGGCCGGCGGAGAGGAGGUCUUCCACCCGUGGCCCUGGUGGGCCUUCCAGCUCAGCUGCAGACUGGGCGAGCUGGGUCUGAGCGUCACCUUGGCGCUGGUGGUGGCGCAGCCCGUCUACUGCUCCGACCACCUGCCCUCAGCUGGCAGCUGUUGGAGCGAACUCUUGGCGUCCAAGUCCCCCAUUCUGCCCGGGAGCUACCAGUGGAGCCUCAGCAACCAGGAGAAGCUGGCUAUCGUGGACACGGCGGGGCUGGGAGAGAGUGAGAGCCUGCCUCUCUACACCCUCAUGGACGAGCGUCUGGCCGGCAGCAUGAACGGGCUGGAGCUGCUCUAUCACAGCAACCGCGCUCUGGCCUACAGAGACCUGGACCCGGACCUCCAGGGCUCAGACAAGCACAGCAAUGGAAGGCUGGAGAUGCCGUCGGGCGGGUCUUCCUUCACCAGCGACUCCACCACCGACCUGCGGCCGCCGUCGCCCAUCAACCUGCGGCGCAGCAUCGACGAGGCGCUCUUCGGCGAAGCCCUUUUCCCCAUGAGCCUCUUCAGCCCUCCGAGUCUCUACGACGGCAUGUCCAACUACGAUUCGCUUCCCAUCAAAGGCCAUUGUGAUCCCGCUGACCCCGGGCUCUUUCGGACCGCCUCCUGCAUCCAGUUCAACAGUGAGGUCCAGGCUAAGCCACAGGGCGGCGGAGCCACGACAUCGCCGUCCUCGUCCAGCAGCUCGUCUCCGGAGCGAUGGCGGAGCAGCUCGUCCACCUGCUCCCUCUACAGGACCUCCAUCGGAGGCUCCUCGCUGGCGCUGGGCCACAGCCCCGAGAGGGCAGCGGGGGACCCUGGCGGCCCCCAGAGGCAGUACCAGACGCUGGGCGCGGCCUCGCAGGAAAGCCUGGACCUGUCGUCCCAGGCCGACCGGUCGGUGCACGAGGAGUUCAUCAGCGUGUGCCGACAGAUCGACGCCGUGAGCGUCAGCAGCGAGACCAUUGACCUCUGACACUUUGAUGCUAGUUGGGCAGGAAGCUACAGAAAAGCUCCUCGCGUCACGGCAGCACCUGCGUCCGCGGUUGUUCACUAGUCCUCCACUCUCUCACAUGAACACACGGACGCCAUGUUGAGCAGCGACUGUGAAGCUGAAUGUUUAAAAAGUGCCAAGAUUGUAUUUUUUACCUGUGAGAGACAAAGCGUGUACAAAUGUUUCUAUGACAGACUGUUGCACUUCAACUACUACUGACGUCACACGCCAUGACCAAGCUUUCUGUGAUGACGCAACAGCGCCCUCUGCUGGCCCUAUCAACCCGGAAAUAUUUAUUUCUUCACGCUCACGCUGCACCACGCCGUUUUAAAACUCAAUAAAUGGAAU